GGCGUGCGGCCCUGCGGCGCCUGGCGUCACCCACGCGCGUCAGCAGCCCUUUCCCACGCUGGCGCCGCUCUGCGCCUCGAGUCCCCUGGAGCAGGAGCGGGGAUUUUGCUCCCUGCUGCCCUGCGUAAUUCCUGGCUGGGAACAGUCCCGAGCGCCGUCGGGUGGCUGCUGCUGAGCCGUCAUAUUAAACUCCCCCUCGAAAACCUUCUUGUGUAUCCUGGCUCGCUCCAUAGGGGUUUUUUAACCCUGUCAACCCCAGGAGAUGUAUGCUGGCAUGAAUUCUGUAUAGAUUUAUUAUUAUUAUUAUUAUUAUUUACAUUUGAAUGGCAGAAAGCCCUGUAAAAAUGUUUAUACUGUGGAAUAAUGUGUAUACUGUGGAAACGCAGCUUUGAGAACAGCCCAUAGGAAGUCAGGGAGUUAAAUUUUUAAGGAUGAAUCACCGCAAAAGCAGAGGUUGGAGAAAUCUCCUUGAGCGUCUCUGAGUCUGAACGGUCCGGUGGCUGUGUGGCUGCGUCAGGAUGGAGUCUGCUCAGCCUGCUUAGGAAUCAGAUGUUCAGACAGAACCGUACAGAUCUGCAUGAACGAUUACAGUAAAAAUGGAAAUCGCCACUCCUCCGACAUCUAAGUGUAUUAUAUACUGGAAAAGAAAAGUCAAGUCUGAAUAUAUGCGUCUUCGGCAGCUCAAGAGGUUUCAGGCAAAUAUGGGAGCUAAGGCUCUGUUUGUGGCCAAUUUUGCAAAGGUUCAUGAAAAAACUCAAAUUCUGAAUGAAGACUGGAAGAAGCUUCGAGUUCAACCAGUGCAGUUAAUGAAGCCGGUCAGUGGACAUCCUUUUCUAAAACAGUGCACUGUUGAGAGCAUUUUUCCUGGCUUUCCAAGUCAGACACUUUACAUGAGAACUCUGAACACAGUGGCAUUGGUGCCCAUUAUGUACUCCUGGUCCCCUCUUCAGCAGAAUUUCAUGGUGGAGGAUGAAACUGUUCUGUGCAAUAUCCCUUACAUGGGAGAUGAGGUGAAGGAAGAAGAUGAAACCUUCAUUGAAGAACUUAUUAAUAACUAUGAUGGGAAAGUUCAUGGAGAAGAAGAAAUGAUUUCAGGGUCAGUGCUGAUCAGCGAUGCUGUAUUCCUGGAGUUAGUGAACGCCCUGAAUCAGUACUCAGACGAGGAAGAGGAAGGACACAAUGAUUCUGAGGUUAAACAGGAGGAUGGGAAAGAGGAGCUGCCAGUCACAAGGAAAAGAAAACGAAUUGCAGUGGAAGGUAACAAAAAGUGUUCAAAGAAGCGGUUUCCAAAUGACAUGAUCUUCACUGCUAUUUCUUCUAUGUUUCCUGAAUAUGGCUUCCCAGAUGAUAUGAAAGAGAGGUACCGAGAACUUACGGAAGUCUCUGAUCCCAAUGUGCUGCCCCCACAGUGCACUCCCAACAUAGAUGGACCAUGUGCAAAAUCUGUCCAGCGGGAGCAGUCCCUACACUCCUUCCACACGCUUUUCUGCAGGCGCUGCUUCAAAUAUGACUGUUUUCUGCAUCCUUUUCAUGCUACUCCUAAUGUGUAUAAACGAAAGAACAGAGAGACCAAGAUUGAGCCAGAUCCUUGUGGGGCAGACUGUUUCCUCUGGCUGGAAGGAGCCAAGGAGUUUGCUGCGCUGCACAAUCCCAGGUCCAAGUGCUCAGGCAGGCGCCGCCGGAGGCACCAUGUGGUCAGUGCUUCCUGCUCAAACACCCCAGCUUCCACAGUCGCUGAGACAAGGGAGGGAGACAGCGACAGAGACACUGGCAAUGAGUGGGCCUCUAGUUCCUCGGAGGCGAACUCCCGCUGCCAGACCCCCACCAAGCAGAAGCUCAGCCCUGCUUCAUCCCAGCUGUUUGCAGUAGAAGCACCACAGGAGCCUGUCGAGUGGACAGGAGCUGAGGAGUCGCUCUUCCGUGUGUUCCAUGGGACCUACUUCAACAACUUCUGUUCGAUUGCCAGGCUGUUGGGAACAAAGACGUGCAAGCAGGUCUUUCAGUUUGCAGUGAAAGAGUCACUUAUAACAAAACUGCCAACAAACGAAUUAAUGAAUCCAUCCCAGAAGAAGAAAAGGAAGCACAGGCUGUGGGCUGCACACUGCAGGAAGAUUCAGCUGAAAAAAGAUAAUUCACCUACCCAGGUGUACAACUACCAGCCCUGUGACCACCCUGAACAUCCCUGUGACAGCUCCUGUCCUUGCAUUAUGACUCAGAAUUUCUGUGAGAAGUUCUGCCAGUGCAACCCUGACUGUCAGAACCGCUUUCCAGGCUGCCGCUGUAAAACCCAGUGUAACACCAAGCAGUGCCCAUGCUACCUGGCAGUGCGGGAGUGUGACCCUGACCUUUGCCUGACCUGUGGGGCUUCAGAGCACUGGGACUGCAAGGUGGUCUCCUGCAAGAACUGCAGCAUCCAGCGAGGCCUCAAAAAGCAUCUGUUGCUGGCACCAUCUGAUGUUGCUGGCUGGGGGACGUUCAUCAAAGAAUCUGUGCAGAAGAAUGAGUUUAUCUCCGAAUACUGUGGUGAGCUUAUUUCACAGGAUGAGGCUGACCGGCGAGGAAAGGUCUAUGACAAGUACAUGUCAAGUUUCCUCUUCAACCUCAACAAUGAUUUUGUCGUUGAUGCCACACGCAAAGGAAAUAAAAUCCGCUUUGCCAACCACUCUGUGAACCCCAAUUGCUAUGCCAAAGUUGUGAUGGUGAAUGGAGACCAUCGGAUAGGAAUCUUUGCCAAGAGGGCCAUCCAGGCAGGAGAGGAGCUCUUCUUUGACUACAGGUACAGCCAGGCAGAUGCCCUGAAGUAUGUUGGCAUAGAGAGAGAAACGGAUAUCAUUUAGGCCCCAUGCUGGGCAGUCCCCAGCACCCUUUGCUGCUGCACCUUGUAAGCAAAGCCAUGUUUGCUUCACGCUUACAUGACUGCUGCCAGUGUUCCUGUUGCUGUGUGUGUCACAAGUGCUACAUUCCAUCCUGACGCCUGGAGAGCGGAAGGGGAAGGAGCGUGAGGUGGCUGCUGCCAAAGGUUAGCAGUUUUGCCCAGCCCUGGGAUGAGGCAGGCUCCAGAGCCUGACACUGUUGGUGGUCUCCAGGGCUGAAGGGAGCCCAUGGACCAAGGCAACUGGGGCUUGAAGGAAAGCUGUGGUGCCAGAGGAGGAUCAGCGAUGAGUUCUCAGAGUCUCUCCAUUUUCCACUGGCUGCUGGAAAAACAAGAGUGAGUGAGGUUCCACCCGCACCGAGACGAAGAGGGCCGGAAUCUGGCUGUCUGGUGCACCCAGGAAUGGGGGUUAGGGAGGAGCUGUUGGUUGGUGCAGCCCUCUGCAGCCCUCUACCCUGGGGUAAGCACUGGGCUCUGUGCUUCCUCUUGCUACUUUUUAGUCCUGUUGGUUAGGACAGAGACAUAGUUGGGAACGGUAGACUUGGCCCCACACCUGCACAUGUGGCUGCAGCAGUCCCUGGGCCCCACAGUUGCUGUCAAUAAGGCUCUUUUUCCCCCCCAUCCCAGCUGGCUGGAGGACAGAGACUACCUGCACACAGUCUGUGUGGCAUCAUCCAUUGGGAUGGGGAGAGCAGCACUAUGCAAAAAGUCACUUUUAGUAGGGAAACCACUGAGCUGAUCAGAGACAAAGCAUACUGAAAACUGUCCAGAGGUUUCUAGCACUCUGCUCCCAUCCCUAACUCCUGGGGAUGAAGAGGAAACAUUGUCUGUCGAGGUGAGGUUUGGCCUUAGCAUCUCAUUUAAAAAAAAAAAAAAAAAAAAAAAGCAAGCACUUUAAACUAACCCUUCUCAGCCACGCAGCUGGGCCUCCUGCGCCUCCCAGGGUGCUCUCAGGUUGGAGGGGCCGCGUCCCAGACUCUGCUUUUGUCUUUCAGUGGUGUCUUUGCAGGGGAGUUUCUCCAGGCCUGGGACUGGGGGAGUUUGGAUGGAGGGUGACGCAGGGAGCUGGGCCCCAAGUGUCCUCUCCUAUGCAAGCGAGCAUACUGCGAGCUGGCGAAGGGACCUGCAGCCUGGUGCUUAGGGUUCAGGGGACAGAGGCUGUCCCACCUGGCCAGGCCUCACUGCAGCCAUCCAGGGUAGUGCGAGAGUCUGGUGGCACGGGAGUCUGAGGUCUAGCGCCAGACUCCCGUGACUGACUGCACUGAAGUGGCUCUGGGGGAGAUCUGAGUCCUGACGUGGAGCUGAGGCACCCCAGAGAAUGAGAUCCCUUGGCUUUCUCCCACAUGGGCCCAGAGCCCACUUCCCUGCUGGCUGCGGGCUCGGCAGCUCUGGGGCGGACAGUGCUUGCCCGGGCACUGUACGGGCCGAGCGCGCACCUGGGAGCGGAGCAGGGCUGUGUGUGCUGCGUGUGGUGAGGCCUCCGUGUCCCAGAAGCGCAGCAAGGCUGCAAAUGCAGGGAAGGUCUGGGCUCCAGGGUCUGCGCCUGGGAGCAAACCCGAUCCCUGGCACAGGCCUGCUUAGCGUUGCUGCAUUUCUCGGCAACCUGCUGCUGGCAAGCGAGAUGCACCCUUCCUGCUGUAUCCGUCAUGUCCUGCUUGGAGCUCGUAGGGAUUUAGGUCUGUCUGGAGCAACACUUGUGCCCAGCACCUGCCUGAGCCCUGCUCCUCCCACCCCCCACCCCCCUGCUUUCUGCUGCCUCAGUCCAUCUGACUUGCCCCAGCCCUGCUGUCUGUUCAGUGUCCUCUGCCACCAUGGCCGUAUCUGCACUAUGCGAGGCUUGUGUCUGUGGUUUGUUGACGGUGAAUUAUAAUGCACUUUAAAAAUAACAUUGCUUGUAACCUUUGUCAUAAUAAAGUGGUAGCAAACUUC